AUGUCAUUCUUUAUCACUGUUCUGAUUUCAUUUUUGCUUUCAUCCUCAACGUCUGCCAUAUAUUUUCAUAUAAAAGAAGGUACAUCUAAGUGUUUCAUUGAGGAAGUGCCAGAAGAUACCCCGAUCGCUGGUACUUAUUCAAUCGCCGUGUUGCAAGAUGAGCAAUUUGUACGCUCACCUAAGCAUGGUGUUCAUGUUGAAAUAAAAGACCCUGAGGGUAAUGUUGUACUUUCCCGUGUAAGUAGGCAUUGUUGCGUCUCAAUAAGCUUCUCCUCCUCCUUACAGAUGUAUUCACAAGAGGGCCGGUUUGUAAUCACAUCCCAGACGGCAGGAGAAUACAGCAUUUGUCUAUCAUCAAGUAGUUCCGAUUGGACUAAGAGUCUUUUGCGGGUCACCCUCGACAUAGCUGUCGGUGAUCAUGCUCUAAAUUUCAGGGAGAUAGCAUCGAAAGAGGAACUUAAUGAGAUCGAGUUACAUAUUCGUCAGCUUCUGGAACAAGUCGCGACGCUUGCCAAAGACCAGGAUUUCCAACGGGCCAGAGAAGAGUACUUCCGACGUCUCAGCGAAAGCAUUAACAAUCGUGUGACGUGGUGGAGCGUUGCACAAGUCCUCCUCCUAUGCCUUACCGGUUUCUUCCAGAUGCGGAACCUGCGUUCCUUCUUCCUGGCCAAAAAACUGGUGUAA